CGGCCAGGCGAGGAGGAGCAGACAUGUGGCGGGAGUUCCUUCCAAAUGCCUGGGAGAGCAUCUUGUCCCGGAUCAGGUCUUGUGAAUAUUCUCAGAAGAAUGCAAUCCUAGUCCCUGUGGCCGCCCUGGGGGUUGGAGGGAUGCUGGUUUGCUGGCUGAGGUCUAGACACAAGAUCAAGACGAUUGAAAUGGGUGAUGGAUGGUGGGGCUCAGGUGAAAGACCCGCAAAAGGGAAAGAAGAUGAAAGAAUCCGUCCCUUCAAGAUCGAAACGUCUGACAAAGAAAUCGAGGACCUGUACCGGCGCCUGGACCAGUUCCGCUACACACCGCCACUGGAAGGGGCCGCCUUCCACUACGGCUUCAACUCCAACUACCUGCAGAAGGUGGUGGCCUACUGGAGGAACCAGUUCGACUGGCGCAAACAAGUGGAAGUCCUGAACAAAUACCCCCAUUUCCAAACCACCAUUGAAGGGAUCGAUAUCCAUUUUAUCCACGUGAAGCCCCCCUACGUCCCUCACGGUCGAGCUGUUCAACCUCUGCUGAUGGUCCACGGCUGGCCUGGCUCCUUCUACGAGUUCUACAAGAUCAUCCCUCUGCUCACAGAGCCAGCCAGGCACGGCCUGAAUGAGGGUGAUGUGGUGUUUGAGGUCAUCUGCCCAUCCAUCCCAGGCUACGGCUUCUCAGAGGCACCGCACCAGAAAGGCUUUAACACCAUAGCAGCUGCUCGGAUAUUUCAUAAGCUGAUGAACAGAUUGGGCUUCAACCAGUACUAUGUACAGGGAGGAGACUGGGGAAGCCGUAUUACCACAGACAUGGCCCAGAUGCUGCCGCAAUCUGUGAAGGGGCUUCAUCUGAAUGUAGCCUUUGUCAUGAUGCAAGGUUUGAGCAUGAUGAUUUCUGUGAUGCUUGGGGCUUAUGUACCAUGGCUCAUAGGCUUCACUAGGGAAGAUGCUCGACGUAUGUACCCUUUCAAGGAGAAGAAUAUAUAUUACAUUUUGCGAGAAUCUGGAUACUUACACCUCCAAGCCACCAAACCAGACACUGCAGGUUGUGGACUGAAUGACUCCCCUGUGGGGCUUGCUGCAUAUAUUUUGGAGAAAUUCUCUACCUGGACAGAUAGAUCAUUUCUGCAUAGAGAUGAUGGAGGCUUGGAAAGCAAAUACACUCUUGAUGAUCUUUUGACCAACGUGAUGAUUUAUUGGGUGACAUCCUCCAUUGUGUCCUCCAUGCGAUUCUACAAGGAGAACAUAUCCGAGGCCCAUUGGCUAAAAAACGACGCCAG